AAGGCACCAUAAAAUUUUCGUAAUUAUAUAAACACUGCAUUACAUAAUCACACCCAAUAACCUCCUUUCAAGAACAAAACAGACUAUCCUCCUUUCACAAAAAUCAGAAGGGCACUUUCAUCUAAUUUUCCCUUGAUUAUGGUUCUUUUUCUUGGCGUAGCUCAUGUUAAGGGGAUAAGUUCCCCCCUAAACAGAGCAUUCUCCAAUGUCAGUGCAUCGGAACUCCAAAUACCGGACAUAGCGAGGCGUGCAAGAAAAAUGCCAGCGGGAGUUGUUCAGUUCACUGUACAAGGAACAUAUGCCCCCUUCCUUGCUGGACUUCACUGCACUCGAGUUCCAUUGGGUUCACCGCCAUUGGAAUUCCACGUCCAGAUAGACACCGACAGUGAAAUUUCAUGGGUCAGUUGUGCAUUGUGCAAUGGCUGCCCACUAUCUAGCGGAUUUCCGUUCCACCUUCAAUUCUUCAACCCGCAAAGCUCCUCUACAUCUUCAUUUAUCCCAUGCUCGGAUCAUCGGUGUGCUUCCCACAACCAUGAAUGUUCAAGCAGUAAUAAUAUAUGCAAAUACAACUUUUCAUAUGGUGAUGGUGGGGAGACAGCAGGUUACCACAUUGCUGACAAAAUUCAUUUGGAUAUGAUUAAUGGAAAUAAAUCUGCUUCAAGUGUGAUUCCCAUUGUAUUUGGGUGUAGUACUUAUCAGCUCGGAUAUUUGACACAAAGCAACCUGGCACUUGAUGGGAUCUUCGGGUUUAAUCGAAAUAAAAUGUCCAUUAUCUCGCAGCUCUCCUCCGAAGGUGUCGUCCCAAAAGUAUUCUCCCACUGCCUAAAAGGUGGAGAGGGCAAUUUUUUUUGUGCUUGGUGAGGCAGUCGGGUUGAAUCUCAUGUGGACUCCCCUCGCUCCACCCAAACUUCACUACACUCGAGUUCUAUUGGGUUCACCGCCAUUGGAAUUCCACGUCCAGAUAGACACUCGCAGUGAAAUUUCAUGGGUCAGUUGUGCAUCGUGCAAUGGCGGUCCACUAUCUAGCGGAUUUCUGUUCCACCUUCAAUUCUUCAACCCGCAAGGCUCCUCUACAUCUUCGUUUAUCCCAUGCUCGGAUCAUCGAUGUGCUUCCCACAACCCUGAAUGUUCAAGCAGUAAUAAUCUAUGCAAAUACGACAUUACAUAUGGAGAUGGUGGGGAGACAGGAGGUUACUACAUUGCGGACAACAUUCAUUUGGAUAUGAUUAAUGGUAAUAAAUCUGCUUCAAGUGUGAUCCCCAUUGUAUUCGGCUUUUCUCCGAAGGUGUCAUCCCAAAAGUAUUCUCCCACUGCCUAAAAGAUGGAGAGGGCAGUUUUUUUGUGCUUGGUGAGGCAAUCAGGUUGAAUCUCAUGUGGACUCCCCUCGCUCCACACAAACUUCACUACACUCGAGUUCUAUUGGGUUCAGCGCCAUUGGAAUUCCACGUCCAGAUAGACACUGGCAGUGAAAUUUCAUGGGUCAGUUGUGCAUCGUGCAAUGGCUGUCCACUAUCUAGCGGAUUUCUGUUCCACCUUCAAUUCUUCAACCCGCAAAGCUCCUCUACAUCUUCAUUUAUCCCAUGCUCGGAUCAUCGGUGUGCUUCCCACAACCAUGAAUGUUCAAGCAGUAAUAAUAUAUGCAAAUACAACUUUUCAUAUGGUGAUGGUGGGGAGACAGCAGGUUACCACAUUGCUGACAAAAUUCAUUUGGAUAUGAUUAAUGGAAAUAAAUCUGCUUCAAGUGUGAUUCCCAUUGUAUUUGGGUGUAGUACUUAUCAGCUCGGAUAUUUGACACAAAGCAACCUGGCACUUGAUGGGAUCUUCGGGUUUAAUCGAAAUAAAAUGUCCAUUAUCUCGCAUCUCUCCUCCGAAGGUGUCGUCCCAAAAGUAUUCUCCCACUGCCUAAAAGGUGGAGAGGGCAAUUUUUUUUGUGCUUGGUGAGGCAGUCGGGUUGAAUCUCAUGUGGACUCCCCUCGCUCCACCCAAACUUCACUACACUCGAGUUCUAUUGGGUUCACCGCCAUUGGAAUUCCACGUCCAGAUAGACACUCGCAGUGAAAUUUCAUGGGUCAGUUGUGCAUCGUGCAAUGGCGGUCCACUAUCUAGCGGAUUUCUGUUCCACCUUCAAUUCUUCAACCCGCAAGGCUCCUCUACAUCUUCGUUUAUCCCAUGCUCGGAUCAUCGAUGUGCUUCCCACAACCCUGAAUGUUCAAGCAGUAAUAAUCUAUGCAAAUACGACAUUACAUAUGGAGAUGGUGGGGAGACAGGAGGUUACUACAUUGCGGACAACAUUCAUUUGGAUAUGAUUAAUGGUAAUAAAUCUGCUUCAAGUGUGAUCCCCAUUGUAUUCGGCUUUUCUCCGAAGGUGUCAUCCCAAAAGUAUUCUCCCACUGCCUAAAAGAUGGAGAGGGCAGUUUUUUUGUGCUUGGUGAGGCAAUCAGGUUGAAUCUCAUGUGGACUCCCCUCGCUCCACACAAACUUCACUACACUCGAGUUCUAUUGGGUUCAGCGCCAUUGGAAUUCCACGUCCAGAUAGACACUGGCAGUGAAAUUUCAUGGGUCAGUUGUGCAUCGUGCAAUGGCUGUCCACUAUCUAGCGGAUUUCUGUUCCACCUUCAAUUCUUCAACCCGCAAGGCUUCUCUACAUCUUCAUUUAUCCCAUGCUCGGAUCAUCGGUGUGCGUCCCACAACCCUGGAUGUUCAAGCAGUAAUAAUAUAUGCAAAUACAACAUUACAUAUGGAGAUGGUGGGGAGAUAGCAGGUUACUACAUUGCGGACAACAUUCAUUUGGUUAUGAUUAAUGGUAAUAAAUCUGCUUCAAAUGUGAUCCCCAUUGUAUUCGGGUGUAGUACUUAUCAGCUCGGAUAUUUGACACAAAGCAACCUAGCACUUGAUGGGAUCUUCGGGUUUAAUCGAAAUAAAAUGUCCAUUAUCUCGCAGCUCUCCUCCGAAGGUGUCGUCCCAAAAGUAUUCUCCCACUGCCUAAAAGGUGGAGAGGGCAAUUUUUUUUGUGCUUGGUGAGGCAGUCGGGUUGAAUCUCAUGUGGACUCCCCUCGCUCCACCCAAUUGAGAUACGAAUGGCUGCACAAAUACCACUUAUGGAUCCGGUUGAUUGGUCUGUGCUGGUGAUGCCACGUUACGCGCAUCGAGCGGACCUUGUCUGGAAUGAUGCUACAUCCAUGGAUGACAAGUUGAGGUGUAAUGUAUAUUGUUCAAUGGUGUACAAAGACGGCCCGCGUCACCCGGGAGUGGUAGCGUUGCUGAAGGCCUCCGGCUUUUACGGCGUCGACUGCAUCGGAAGGUUGCAGUUAGACUGGUCGCUUAUUACGGCGUUGGUUGAGCGAUGGAGACCAGAGACACGCUUUUCAUUUGCCUUUUGGUGAGAUGGGCAUCACCUUACAGGACGUAGAAGUGUUGUUGGGGUUGCCCAUCGACGGAGAACCACUGUCCGGACCUAGGACGAACUCGAAAGCACUUUGGAUGCAAAUGUGCACGGACUUCACCGGUUUCACGCCAAACAACAACGACUUAAACACAUCUGUAAUAAGAAUGAAUGCCCUACAACGUUGGCCGGUACAUCAGCACAGCACAAAUGAGGAACUCAUCACAUACACGAGGGUGCUCAUUUGGCAACUACUAGGUGGGUUAUUGUUCCCCUCCACUACCGGGAACAAAAUAAAAUUGUACUUUUUAGAGUUGUUGCAGGGACCGCUCGGUGAAGCACAACGGUGGAGUUGGGGCUCAGCAGUAUUGGGGUUCCUGUAUUACAACAUGUGCAAGGCCGCCAAAGCGAACAGGAGAAAUAUUGGGGGAUGCUUGCUUCUAUUGCAGAUUUGGGCGUGGGAGAGAUUGUCCAUGGUGCGGCCGCGAAACGUUUUGCCAUAUGAGAAUCUACAGGAUAUGCCCUAUGGGUGCAGGUGGGCAUGUCGCCACAAUUGGGAACAAAGUUCUCGGUAUACUCUACGUAUUUAUCGAGAUCAGUUGGACGGGAUCCGAGAGAACGAGUUCGUGUGGCUCUCAUACGCAUUACAAGCCCUCCCCAGGUUCUGCGUCGCGGGGGUAGAUUUGUGGACAUCUAAUGUCAUGCUUAUAUAUUGUGACAUUUCUGAGAUGUACUACCCCGGUAGAUUUUGUCGUCAAUUCGGUGCAAUGCAACAUAUUCCUCCCGCAGCGGAAUCACAAGCUAGCCACCAUGCAAGUGGUGCAAAAAAUUCUGGAUGGCCAUUGACACUAUGGGCGGCGAGGCACAAUCGUCGUAUCGCAAUUGAGUUCGUUGAUCAUCCCACCUACACUCCUGCAUACCGUGAAUGGUACGCAGAUGUCGGGAAACGACGGAUUUGCAAUCCGUUACAUGGUCGGCCUACAACGGGUUAUGUAACUACUAACAGGGAGACAAGUACACUAAUGCAAUGUAUGGGCGAUAACUAUCGGCGCAUGGCAGCUCCAUUUGACGUCGAAGACAUCCGCGAGCAAAUUGCACGAUGCCUUACAGGAUUAGGUGCCGAGAAUGUGCUUCAUCAAGACAUCAUUUUCUAUGGGGAUGCCCAUGAUGAUGCAGUGGAUGAUCAUCCUCCACUUCGGAAAGACCGUAGAAGAGUCGCGGCCACUAGAGGUCGGCGUUACGGACGCGGUUAUGUUGCUCCACACGUCCACAAUGAUGAUGGUGAUGAUGAUAAUCACGAUGAUGAUAAUGAUGAUGACGAGGAGGAGAAAGAGGAUGGCGAAGAUGGUGGUGAAGAAGAAGAAGAAGGACAACCAUCUUCACAUAUUCAUUCACACAUCCCUUCCCCAUCUCAUGUACCUAAUCAUCACUCUACACCGACUAGUGCAUACAUUCCGACGUUUGAUGCGCCAUCGUUUAUUCCACAUGUACAGCCUACAUAUGAGACAUGUCCGACCUUUUUAAAUUCACCAAUUGAUUGGUUGAACAACUUAUUAGGAUCACAUGUACAUAGUGGGGUGGGGCAAGAAGCAGGGCCAAGCACACAACCGCCAAUUGAACAUAGGCCGAGACGGGAUAUACAUUCUCGACGUUGUGGGACAGGGAGUCACUUCGUGAUGCCAGAUCGACACUAUGAAUCUGAUGAAUCAGAAUAGUUGUAUGUAAUUAGUUUUAUCAAUUAUGAAUUGAAUUUGUACUUUUAAAUUAUCAAUCGAAUUUGAUAUUAUGUUAUUAUUAUCAGAUACUUUUACUAUUACGUUUCAAUAAUUCAAUGAUUCAAUUGAUAAUUUUGAAUUAAGUUAUCAAUUGAAUUUGUAAUUUGUAGUAAUUUGUAGUAAUUUGUAGUCCU